CGUACAACCCCCCAUCAUCCUCCAAUCACCUCGUCCAGCUAGACAAUAUCCCUACAUAGCUCCACGAUGUACUUCCACUCACUCACCCCGAUCGUCCCCCUGCUAGCCGCCCUGGCUCCUACCACCUCGGCACACGGCUCACACGCUCCACCGAUACUCAACGCCGAGGGGAUCGAUGAUAGGAAUUAUAUGCAGAAACACGCUCAAGAAGAACAUCAUCUGACGGACUUUGAUGUCGAGUCGUUCUUCCACCUCCACGACCUGGAUAGGGACCACUACCUCUCCCCCUCCGAGAUCGAAGCCAUCUACGGCCUACACCAUCCUUUACACCUGUCCCAUUCCCAGAAAACUAAUCCGAACAACCCUGAAUACAACAAACCGCAGAAAGAAAUCCCAGACUCCCCGGCUAUGGAAUCUAAACGCCAGAUCAUCGUAGCCAAAGUCCUUGCGAACUUGGAUACGGAUAAAGAUGGGAGGGUUAGUAUCGAAGAGUUUGUAAGAGGAGGAUGGGAGGGGUUGCCUAGUUUUACGGGGUGGGGUGGGUUGGGGCAUCAUUAUGGGAGCGAGGAGGAAUAUUUCUUGCACCAUGAAGAAUUGUACCACAACACCCCGGAGACGCAGACGGAUGAGAGUUAUACGCAUCCGGAGGAUAUCGAACAUUUCGCUGAACACGAACACAUCGAAGCCGAGGAAGACGCCCGUGAACGCGAAUUCGAAGGUCUUCCCUCGGACGCCCCGUUGACCGAAGAUCGGGUCGUGGAAGAUCCUCUCGACGCCCACGCCCAUGGGUCGCAGGACGACCAGGCUCCCGGAGCUCAAGACCAGGAUCAGGCGGCCUUUCGUCGACCGGCCGGGUCCAAUCAGGGCAGACCUGCGCGGAUCGAACGGACCCGCCCGUCCACCGAGGAUCUGGGCAGGUUGGCGAAAGAGGCGAGGGAGCAGGGGACGUGGGGAGAGAGGGACAUGCAUAGGCCGAGGAACGAUCGGGAGAGGAUGAGGAAGGGGACGCCUUAUAAGUACAAGAUGGGGAGGAACAACGAGUUCUAAAUCGGAUCCAUGACCACAACUACCGGCGACUUUCCAGACUACAUAUCAGGACCGGGGGAAAGGCAUAUUUAGACGGACGAGCGAGUCCGUUGGGCGAGAGGACUAUAUCCUCUUCCCUCUUGUUCUCUGCUGGGAACGCGUUUCUCCUGUUUUUUCUUUCUUCGCAAAGGGUCCAAUUUUUCAGGGUGAUUUGAUGUACGAGCUGUCUAUCCUCUAGCCUCUAGGCUUCUACACACUGUAUGACCACACACACAUCUAGGUAGACUCUCC